CGCGGCCGGGGAAGGCGGCUCCCGCCGGGCCCAGCAAGGCGGCGGAUGGCGGGGGGGCUGCGUCCGGCGGGGGCUGGCGGGGAAGGCCGCUGAGCGGCAGUGGCGGCGAUGCCGGGGGGCUCGGCGCGGCGGGGCGCGCCUGCGGGGCCAUGAGGGCGGGCUCCGGCCAUGGCCCAUGGCAGCGCGGCAGUCAUGCUGAAGUGCGUGGUGGUGGGGGACGGCGCCGUGGGCAAGACGUGCCUGCUGAUGAGCUACGCCAACGACGCCUUCCCCGAAGAGUACGUGCCCACCGUCUUCGACCACUAUGCAGUCAGCGUUACCGUUGGGGGCAAGCAGUACCUCCUGGGGCUGUACGACACCGCCGGACAGGAAGACUAUGAUCGUCUGAGACCUUUAUCUUAUCCUAUGACCGAUGUCUUCCUUAUCUGCUUCUCAGUGGUGAACCCUGCUUCAUUUCAAAACGUGAAGGAAGAGUGGGUACCGGAGUUGAAGGAAUAUGCACCUAAUGUUCCCUUUUUACUAGUAGGAACACAGAUCGAUCUUCGUGAUGACCCAAAAACUCUGGCAAGACUGAAUGACAUGAAAGAGAAGCCCGUAUCUGUGGAGCAAGGACAGAAAUUAGCAAAAGAGAUAGGAGCCUACUGCUAUGUGGAGUGUUCAGCUUUAACACAGAAGGGACUGAAGACCGUUUUUGAUGAAGCUAUUAUAGCCAUUCUAACUCCAAAGAAACAUACAGUGAAGAAGAGAAUAGGCUCAAGAUGCAUAAACUGCUGUUUGAUCACAUGAGAGACAUUUAACAAUGGCCAGGCUUACUGUGAAAUUCUACUGAAUUUAAAUACAAUGCAUCAAGUACGCAGUGGACUUGUUACAGGUCUGAAAACUAAAACUAUGACUCUGCCUUCUUUAACCAGUGAAAUCCAGAGGAGUAACAUCGAACUCAACUAUUCUAUUUAGACUGGAAGGUACACUCUCUCAGGGUUACACAGUUUAGAGGAAGCAAAAACUGCACCGUGCUGAAACAGCAUCUAUGUGAUUUUAUUGAGUGGAGAUGCUUGGCCUGAAAUACUCUAAAUUGAGUAUCUUCUGCUUUCACUAUAUUUAUAUAUAUAUAUUAACCCCCCCAACUUUUGCACAGUCUGUAUGGAAU